AUGCCCUCCGCUACGGAAGAUAAGGUUGCGCCCAAGAUCAUCGACCCUGCAUCUGAGCACGGCGACGAGAUCGAUGCAUCAGUAGACCGCGACAGGAUACGUGUCUUGGCAGGCGCGACUGAGAGCGCUGCUUCAUUCCAAUUUGACGGCGAGGACCACACGCUUGGCAACGCGCUGAGAUAUAUCAUCAUGAAGAAUCCUGAUGUCGAGUUUUGCGGUUACUCCAUUCCUCAUCCUUCAGAAACCAAGAUGAACCUGCGCAUCCAGACAUACGACAACGUCAGCGUCUAUCAGGUUUUGGAGAAGGGUCUGGAGGACCUCAUGAACAUGUGCGAUGUGGUCACGGACAAAUUCACUGUCGAGAGAGAGAGUUUCGUCAAUCAGAUGGAGCAAUAG